CGGUCACACUUGAACAUUUCCAUUGCUGACCGAGAUUGAAAAACAAAAACAGUAGAAGCGACGAGCGAAUCGAACCAAACCAAGAAUGGAUUUGCAGCAGCUGGAAGAGCAGGCGCGCCAGGCGGCGCUCAAGGACAUACAGAACAUGCUGCAGCGACCGGGUCAACUAGAGAAGGUGGAGCAGUACCGUCACCGCAUCGCCCGAAAGAAGGCUUCCGUGGAGGCGCUGCUCAAGACCGGGAUGCAGGGCCAACUGGACGGGGUCAGAGUAGGUCUUAAGCAGCUGGAGACCUGCAUGCAGGACGUGCGCGAGGUGAGGCGCCGAAUGGACGAGGUGGAGCGCCUGCUGCAGGGCGUGCCCGAGGUCUAUGACGCACUGGAGGUCGUCCGGGAGGAGAACACGAAGCACUCGCAGUACGCCACGGCCAUGGAGAACCUGAAGCAUAUCUUCAACGUGGACGCCAGCGUCCAAAAGACGAUGGCACUGAUCGAAGACGACAAGCUGCUCAAUGCCCACCAGUGCCUGGCGGAUCUGGAGAACUCUCGCGAUGAUCUCCUCUACGAGCUGCACAAGCAGCCCAAGCAGCACGCCUCCGACAAGAUCACGUUGAAGCGCCACUUCGAGAAGGUGGACACCGUGUCCCAGGAACUGGAGAAGAAGCUGCGCCUGAUCCUCAGCCGCACGCUGAACACUCUGCGCAAGAAGCCCACGAUUAUAGUCACCGCCCUUCGAAUCAUAGAGCGGGAGGAGAAGAACGACCAGUUCGCCCUGCAGCAGCAGAAGGUCACGGGCUUCCUGCCGCCCGGAAGACCCAAGGCGUGGCGUCGCAUGAUCAUGGACGUGCUGCAGCAGUCGGUGGUCACGCGCAUCGAGGGCUCCAAGCUGGAGGAGCGGGCGGACAACAAGAUGUGGCUGGUGCGCGACCUGGAGAUCCUGCGCCAAAUCAUCCUCGAGGAUCUACGCGUGGUGAAGUCACUGUGCGUACCCUGCUUUCCGCCGCACUACGAUAUAUUCGGGGAGUACGUCAAGUUCUAUCACGAGGGACUUUCCAGCUAUUUGGACACCAUUGUACGCUCUGGUCUGGAGGGCAACGAAUAUGUAUCAAUGAUGGCCUGGGUCACACAUACGUAUCCGGGCGUGGAGUUGAUGUCCCACCCCGAUCUCAACGUGGAUGUGCAUCGAUUGAUAGGAACCCUGCUGCGGCCGGAACAUCUCAAGGCGCUGGAGGAUGAGUAUCUGCAGAACAUGCAACGCAAUUUCCAGGAAUGGAUGACCAAGGCCGCAGAGACGGAGAAGCAGGAGUGGUUCACCGAGACGGUGCCGGAUCAGGAUGAGGAGUACUAUCACACGUCGGCGCCGGUUAUCAUAUUCCAGAUGAUCGAUCAGCAUCUGCAAGUGACGAACACCAUUCACCAGGAGCUGACGUUCAAGGCGCUGGUGAUGAGCAUCCAGCAGGUGGAGAUCUUUGGCCAGUCGUACCUGAAAAAUGUGAUCGAGCUGAAGGACCACCAUUUCCGCAAUCGGGACCAGAUUAAGUACUUCACUCACUACAUCAUCACCAUCGUAAACAACAGCCAGCAGAUGGUGGAGUUGGCCCAGCAGAUGAAGCAGCUCUACUGGCCAAAGUCGCGCUCUGAGCACUACGAGGAUUUCGAGCGCCUCCUGGCCACGUUCCAGCGAAUCCGGGCUCACGCCGCCAGCUACCUGUUGGAGGAGGCCUUCCUGGACAUGGAGUGCCACUUCAACGAUCUCUUCACCGCCAAGUGGCUGGCCAGCAACAUUGCCGUGGACACAAUCUGCGUGACGCUGGACGAUUACUUCCAGGACUACAACCACCUGCGGCCCAAUAACUUCGAGAUGGUCAUCAACGAGGCACAGAAACUGCUAGCCAAGCGCUACAUCCGGGCUCUGCUCUCCAAGCGGCUGUCAAAGCCACGGGCCGAAUGCGAUGCCAUCACCCGAAAAAUCAAAACAGAGGCCAAGCGCUUUAAACUCUUCUUCGAGAAGAUCGCACCGAAGAUUUCCCUGAGCGACUCUCCGCUAGAUCUCAUAUCCACGCUAUCAGCACUGCUCAGCUCGGACAUUGAGCUCCUGGUUCUGGACUUGCACACGUUACUGGGCAGUUAUCCGUCUCUAAACGAAGACCACCUGGUGCGCCUCUUCUACAUUCGUAACGAUGUGAAGGCGGCCGAAGUGCGAGAAAAGGUUCAGGAUGCCAUGAAGUCGAAGAAGGCUAUGGUCAGCAUUGCCAAACAGGACUGCAUCUUCAAGGAGAUCGUAUUCAGCGACAAACUGUGGUAGACCCUGGAGUCCAUCCCCUCACCCAUUCCGCAUGAUUAUUUUUGUCAGUAUCGUAUAUACUCCUAAACUGGGAUUGUAAUAUCUAUACAUAUAAUGUACUCUAUCAAUAUCAAUGAAUAAAUUAUUAUUUUAUUAACCAUA